AUGUGGAAAUCUCCAAAUGGGACAAUUCGUAAUAUAUUGAAUGGUGUUGUAUUUCGUGAACCCAUUCUAAUGGAGAAAGUUCCGCGUGUAGUUCCCAAUUGGACUAAACCCAUAGUUAUUGGAAGACACGCAUUUGGAGACCAGUAUAAAGCCACAGAAAUUAGAGUCGAUCGCCCUGGUAAACUUAAAUUACUUUUUGAACCUGACGAUAGUUCCAACCAACAGAGUGAAUUAGUAUAUGAGUUCACG